CUAUGUUAUGAAUUAUGUUACAGAAGACACGUCUGGGUACAAGUCUGGAGUUCGAGCAUCAAUCGCACGUAAAGUUGCGAAUGUUCGUUUUUACGGUACCAGUCCAUUAAAAAGAAGGGAUCGUUUCAGCCAGUAGAGGGCGCCCGUCAGUUGGAGCCACGGAGAUUUUUAAUAUGCAAAUGAGUUUUGCUAGACUUUUUCCCGGCAAUUUUCUUUGUGUACGGGCUACGCAGACUGGCUUUAUUUCUCUAUAAUUUCAACAAUUCCCUGAAAGUGAAGAUGCCAAGAGCGAAGAAACGUUUUCCCGGGGAGAGUGGAGAUGCCGCUGGACAGAAAAAGAAAUCGAAAGGGGGUGCCAAUGCGGCGAGGUUGGCCACGGCUGGCGCGGACACUGGCAUGGAAAAGAUUAAACUGAAAGAGCCGCCCUUCGUCGGAGAGCUGUUAUUUAGCGGAGGCACCAACUGGGACCUUGUUGGUCGCUCAAGGCUCCCCAAGUCCAGUGCUGGUAAACAACAGAUCGGAGGACGUAACCUCUGGGGGCCACAUCGCCUGGCCGUCUUAGCUGGUAUCCGUGUUCGCAGCGUUAUCUCAGGUCCAACAGCGUGCCAUAGCAUCAUCAUUACGGAGGCGGGCAAGGCCAUGAGCUGGGGUCGUGGGGACAAAGGUCAGCUCGGCCAUGGGGCGGCAGUCCGAUGUGAAGCGCCGAAGAUCAUUGAGGCAUUAAAGGACUUCAACAUCGUAAACGCAGCGUGUGGACGAAGCCACUCCAUGUGUCUCACAGAUGAGGGCGCUGUGUAUGCAUUUGGUGACAACAAACUCGGUCAACUCGGCGUUGGCCAUCAGAACACACCGGUAACCACUCCAACUAAGUUAAUGUACUCAGGUCGCCCCAUCGUCCAGGUUGCUUGUGGGGGUGAAUUCACAAUGAUCCUAGAUUACAAGGGAACCCUACACUCCUUCGGAUGUCCAGAAUACAGCCAACUUGGUCACAACACCAACGGUCAGUUCUUAGUGUCUUCAAACAAAACCUCGUUCGAUUGUGUGCUGACGCCAAGGCGUAUCGGUGGCUACAUCGAGAAGGCCAGAGAUGGGUUGAAGUUCCUGGAUAACAUUGUAAUCAAGGACGUAGCAUGCGGAGCAAAUCAUACCGUUGCAUUGGAUAUGCAAGGCCGUGUCUUCACGUGGGGUUUCGGAGGGUACGGUCGCUUGGGUCACGCAGAGCCUAAAGACGAACCGGUUCCACGAUUCUUGAGAACCUUCGAUCCAGCUCACAACAAAGCGGCCAAGAAGAUCAAUGCAGGGACAUACUAUUCCAUGGCAACCACUGAACAUGCCGAUCAGCUUUUCUUCUGGGGCCAAACCAAGUCAUCCGGGGAGGCGACCAUGUACCCCAAGCCAGUUCCUGACCUCACUGGCUGGAAGGUCAGAGAAUUGGGUUGCAGCAAUCACUCCAUCGUCUUGGUCGCCGAUGAGAGUGUCAUCAGCUGGGGACCAUCACCAACGUUCGGAGAGCUGUGCUAUGGCGAGAACGGCCCUCGCUCCUCCUCCACCCAAGCCAAAGAAGUCAAACCGCUGGAGGGUCUACACAUCCACGCCCUCUGCUGCGGGCUCGGUCACACUCUGUUCAUCGCCAGGAGCGACACAGUCGCCGAACGGAGAAAGCUGAGGCAGCUUCCGAUGUUUAACCCGACCCGAGUCGCUGUAAACGAACCACCCAUUGAGGAAGAGAAGGAGGAGGAAGUCGUGGAGAAGGAACCGCAGAAUGACGACAAGAAGACUGAGAACGGGACGCAGAGCAACGAUACCGUGAAAGAAGACGCAAAAUCAGAUGGUGAGAAAGUCGAAGACUCCCGGAAGGAGGCAGCAGCUGAGAUGGAAACAACCGUCGACGAGAAGGCCGAGGAGAAAAACACAGAGGAGACCACAGCCCCGAAGGGCAACGGUGAGGGCGCUGUUCAAAAGGACAACGAGGGCGCCGUUGGGAAGAACAAUGGUAAUGGAGACGGAGGUAUGAAGGAAGAAGAUUCAGCGAUGGAGGUCAAGGAGACGACAGUAUUAAGUCCACCGUCUACCGUUGCAGAUCCUUCUUAAGUUAUCGCACAACUCGUUCUUGCAUAAACUGAUAUUUAGCUACUUCAGGAAGAAGACACUUUAUUUGGUCGUUCAAGGUUCUAUUGAGACUAUCUUGCCAACUGGUGGUAUUGUAUUUGUACACUGGAUUUUUUUCUGAGGAAAAUAUUUGGCGGGCCUCAUAUUUUCUCGGAGAUGUGAUCACGUAUUCCUGCUCCCUGGGGUUGAUGUUUCAAAGUGAUCAAUUAUUUAUCACACUUAAUAGUUAAUUUAUCAAAGGAACAAUCAAUAAGUUGAAUAUCAGUAACAAGAUCCAAUUAUGUCCAUUGUCAGUGGAUAUGAACGAACCACCUCCAAAACCAACAUUGGUGACAUUAACUCUCUAGGAACUUAGAAGUUUCAAUUCACGUACGGAUUGAAUUUGCAGAAUGAAUGGUCAGACAGUAGGAGGGUUGACUGCGUACAGUGUAGAUGCAUCCAACACAUGAUACCACAUUGCAGUCUUGCAUAUAGUUUAUGUAUCCUUCGAAAUCCUUCGCGGUGGACGAUACUGAAUGGGCAGGCAGAAGGAAGAAAUCAUCAGGGAUGAGAAAUUUCAGAUUUUUGUCUGAUUUUAGACUUGUAUAAGUCUGCCUCUUAAACAAAAAACUGCUGUGUGCUUUUCCAAAUGAAACAAGUUGGCUUCUUCUCAAAGUCGGCUCCAAUCCACUUCUCUAGUGCCGAGGAUACUGUUCUCAAAAGCACCUUGGAAUCUAUAACUCUAUCAAAAGGUGAACAUGCCAUCAUUUGGAUGGUACCUCGUAAGAUCUGGACACCAGUUUCAGACUUUUUUCGUUAGGAAUGACUCUCACCCCUGCUUGUUGGUGUCGCUAAUUGAAGACAAUUGAGAAUGACCAGCCUUGAAGCAGUCACCACAAACACCAUCAAGCUAUUGGUCGACCCUAAGCAUGAUUUACAAGCCCGUGUGCAGCGAGUGAAAAAGGGAACUAAGUGUGCUAUCGCUUGUUGUCACGACUAUGUACGACUUUUGGGUGUGCUUGAGGGCAGCAGACUCAUCAGGUAAGUCCAUUGCUCUGGAAGUAUUCAGAACUACGAAAUAUUAUGGAUUUUUAUCCGGUCAGUCUGUUGUCUAGAUUGGCGAUGUUCGUUGAACGUAGUCGCCGAUAGCACAACACCAAUGACUGGAGAAGAGAUACCUGUGUCAAACAAACGUAUUAAAACGAAUAUGUUUGUAUCCAGAUCAUAGACUUGUCCAGUCCCUUCAAGCCAGUCGAUGUUGCGCCCUCUAGAGGUGACUUAUAGACCCACUGCAUUGACGUCCAUCUUUACCUACAAACCAGAGGUGCUUUUCACGAAGAGUUAGGACUAGUCUGAUCUUGGGUUAGGACAGGUUCUUAUAGGACUAGCCUUAAGUGUUCAAUAUUACACUCCUAGGACUAGUCCUAAGUUAGGACUAGUCCUAAGUUAGG